AUGGUUACAACUUCAAUUAAUUCUUCUUCCUUUCCUUCAUUUACCCAUCCCUUUUGUAUAUCCGCCAAAAAAGUAUUUUCAUCUUCCUCUACAAAAGAUUAUCUUCCUUUACCUUAUGCUUAUACAGACAAAGGCCCAGUUGAAGGAAAAUUACAUCAAAUGAAAGAUGGAAGAUAUGUUAAUGUAUUUUUGGGUAUUCCUUUUGCAAAGCCACCUAUUGGACAACUUCGAUUUAAAAAACCAGAGGAACCAGAGCCUUGGGGCCCUCUCGCAUUACCAACACGUAAAUACAAAUCUAGACCAAUUCAAAAAGAUUUUAUUUGGGACAGAAUAGAAUUGGGAGGAGUUGGGAAAUCAGAGGAUUGUCUUUAUUUAAACGUUUUUACACCUUCUUGGAACAAACCUGCAGAAUUUGGGAAUGGAUGGCCUGUUAUGGUCUAUAUCCAUGGUGGUGGCUUUAUUAUAGAUUCAGCAGUCAAAUACCACUAUUCUCUUGUCUCACGUGCUCUGGUACGUCACGGCGUAAUAGUAGUAACACUCCAAUACCGCCUCGGACUUCUCGGCUUUCUCUGUACAGGCAACGACGGAGUCUGCCCCGGCAACAUGGGAUUGUGGGAUCAAUUAUACGCCCUUCAAUGGGUUAAUAAAAAUAUUUCUUCUUUUGGUGGAGAUCCAAACAAAAUUACACUUUUUGGACAUUCUGCCGGGGCGGCAGCAAUUGAUCUACUAAGUCUGUGUCCAAAAAGCAGAAAUCUUUUUUCUCAAAUGAUAAUAAUUGGAGGAAGUACAGAAACUACUUGGGGAGUUACUUCUAAAGAUGUUAUUGGUGAAUAUACACGUAAAAGAGCUAAAGAUUUUGGUUUUGUUGAUAAUGAUAGUGAGGGAGGGAAAGAAUGGAAUGAGGAGAAAAGUAAAAAAAUGAUGAAAUUCUUGAGAUCUUUGCCAGCUGAGAAAUUUGAAAUGACACUACUCUUAGACCAAACAAUCAUUAACGAGAUGCGUUUAGCUGUAUCACCAGUAAUUGAUGGGGAAUUAGUGCCCAAAUCGCCUAGAGAACUCAGAGAUGAAUUAGAUGUUUGCAAACCGGUGAUAUGUGGUCAUAGUCAACAUGAAGGACUUUUAUUUCUUGCAAUAGGAAUGCGUCGUGCAAAUAAUAAAUUACUAGAUUACUGUAAAAAUAGAGUAUGUGCUCUCUUAAAAGAAGCAAGAAAAAGGAUGCCAAAUGAACAAUUAGCCAAUAAAUUAAUUCCUUUAGUCGAUGAAUUUGAUCAACUUUAUAAUAUUCCAAAAAUGGUAGCUGGAAAGAAAUUGAAAAUUUUUGAAGAUAAAACACAAAUACAAAAUACGUGUGUUACAAUAAUGAGCGAUUUAAUCAGCAAUAUAGCCACACAAAAUUAUUGUCAUCUCAAUAUGAAUAAACCAAAAUCCCAUAUUUGGCGUUUUAUUUUCGAACAUUACAAUUCGGAUAGUACUUGGUCUUUAAAUCCUUUCUUCCCCUUCAAAGCCAGUACUCACGGGAAUGAAUUAAACUAUAUUUUUGGAAUUAAUUUUUUUGUUACUCCAUGGAGAAGGACAGAAGCUGACAAAACUGUUAAGAAGUUGACCACAAAAUACUUUACAAACUUUGCCAAAUGGGGCGAUCCAAAUGAACCUGCCGGAUCUUCAGAAAUUUACCCUCAUUGGGAUCCUUUGAGUGAAGAUAAUAUAGAGAAAUAUUUAAAUAUUACAAGCGAACCAGAAAUGAGAGAUGGAUUUGAUGAAAGUAAAAGAUGGGAAAGAAUGGGUUAUGCUUAUAGAGCUUUUGUAGAAUAA